AUUCACGAAAUGCGAGUGAGCAUCAGCGACUUAAGCGACUUGAGCGAGACUACCAGCGAACCUGAAUCCGUCAUCAGCUUCAAUGAGAACGUGUACUUCAACAUGCAAAACGCUGCCGUAUCCACUGUGACUUACGUGGGACAGGCUCGACAAACAAUAGAGCAGCUAGCGACGAAUCAACGCAGAUGGAUCGCAACUCCACCAAGCGUGCACGACGUUGACGCAUCCAGGGUUCUAGACGCGAUGCUGAGGAACGCUUACAGGACCGGUGGCGAAAGCUCCGAGCGUUAUACUGCCUGUGCUAUUUGUGCAUGUCCUGAGAUCCACGAGCAAGUCAAUCUCGCGAGGACUUGGUUCAUGUAUCUGCUCUGGCCAUUCACAGCCGGAACCCACCAAUCAUCAGACUUGAUUUCUAGUCAGACCACGCCGACCAUUGACGACACCUAUGGCAGCCUUGUAAGUGCCAGUCCGGAACGGAGUAGCAGAUUUAGGACCGAUGUACGUCCUACCAGUUAGAAAGCGGCUUUGGCGUUAACUUCCAACAGGUUAAUCGACGGGACGGUUAUAGAUGCGUUGUUUCAGGUGUCUGGGAUGGACCACACGUUCCCGCCGGUGUCGAUCAGGGUUUUGUAACCUUGAUAGGAGCGCACAUCCUGAAACGGGCUGUCGGGGUUUUCACCAUGGACCGGGC